UCCCAGCUUUGCUGUGUGCAUGCGGCGCAAUAUAAUAUUCUUUGAUCACUAGUACAUGUAGUAUAGUAAUCGGACAGUGUUCGCGUCUAGCAAUGUAGCAUGUCCGAAAACUAGGCUAAAUUUGAUCAACAAGAUUUUCGUGUAUCAUGGCGGACAGCAUUGAGGAAUCUGAACUGUUCGGAAGUGACGGUGGUGAUGAUGAUCAUGAGGAAGCAGAGUUGGAAAUGGAGCACAGUGAUCAGGGUCAUCAUUCAGGCAGCGAGCAAUCGGAAGAAGGGGAUGAAGGAAGCAUGUCAGAUCCAGAGAUGAUGUCAGAUGGGGAAAGGGAAGAGAUGGAGGAGGAGGAGGAAGAGCCUCUCUCAGAAAGGGAGGAGCAGUCGGAUGCAGACGACGAUGAUGCGGAGGUUGAGCAGGAGGUGCAAAGAGAAGAUGAAUCUGGAGACGAAGUCCAAGAGGACUCAGAAGCAGAAGCAAUGGAAGAUUCGGAGCAUGAAACAAGAGAGGAAUCAGAUCAAGAGGCCAGAGUGGACUCGGACCAAGAGGCCAGAGUGGACUCGGACCAAGAGGCCAGAGUGGACUCGGACCAAGAGGCCAGAGUGGACUCGGACCAAGAGGCCAGAGUUGACUCGGACCAAGAGGCCAGAGUGGACUCGGACCAAGAGGCCAGAGUGGACUCGGACCAAGAGGGCGAUUUGGACUCAGAGCAGGAGGCUCGUGAGGACUCAGAUCAAGAUGCCAGGGAUGAUUCAGGCAGGGAGGAGGAUGAAGAGGUGGAAAGAUCAGGAGCGGAGCAGAAUGCAGAGUCAGACCAGGAGCAGGAGGCUGUAGACGAAGAGAGUGCAUCAGGAGAGGACGAGGUUUACCAGAAUGAGAAAGAAGAACAAGUGUCUGUGCAAGACGAAGAUGAGGAAGAAGCAGAGGAACAGUUUGAAAGGGGUCUUGAAGUUGAUGAAAACGAUGCUGAGAGAGGAGGACAGAGUGAUGAUGAAAUGAUUGAGCCAGAGUCGCAGGAUGAGGAGCAACCCGAAGUUGAUGAUGCAUCAGACCGAGAAGUUGUUGAAGAAGGAGAUGGAGAGAAUGAAGCAGAAAGAGACCUCGACGAGGGCCAGGAAGGAGCUAUUUUAGAAGAGAGGGAAGAUGAAGAAAUCCAAGAAGAUGACCAAGAGGAUGAGAAAGAGCUGCUGGAGGAGGAGGAAGAUGUAGGCAUUGAUGCAGUUGCUAGGGAAUCAGGAGACGAGGACAGAGAGGAAGUCUCCGGUGAGGAGGCUGAGGGUGAGGAGGCAGGUCAUCAGAGCGAAAAGGAGGAUGAUAGAGCACACUCUGAUGAGGAGAAGCAGAAAGGGGAUGAUGGCCUUGAUAGUGAUGCUGAUGAAGAUGACUUCAUUGGGAGGCGAAAGCCAAAGAAGAAGCAGAGAGCAGGGAGUGAUGAAGAAAGUGACGAAGACUUGGAAGCCGGAGAGACAAUGGAUCCAGGUGCGGCAUCCCAAGAAGCGCUGUUUGGGGAGGCAGACGACAUCUCAGACAGUGACGAGGACAUGGAUGCCCUGGUGGACCAGCUGGCUGGCGGAACCCAAGAUGAUGCUGAAAGAAAAUAUACAGAUGCAGAGGAACUGGAGGAGAAUGAGAGACAAGAGGAUGAAGAGGAGGAAGGAGCAACUCAAGAAGUCCCGGAAGAGACCAGGAUUGAUGUGGAACUCCCCAGGUUGCAGUCGGACCUCGGGGAUGAACUCCAUUUUGUCAAACUGCCCAACUUCCUCAGUGUCGAGACCAGACCAUUUGACCAAGCCUUCUACGAGGAAGAAAUGGAUGAAGAUGAAGUCUUGGAUGAAGAAGGGAGAACGAGACUCAAACUUAAGGUUGAGAACACAAUCCGAUGGCGGAAAAGGUUGGAUGACGAAGGGAACGAGAUCACCCGAGAGAGCAAUGCAAGGAUUGUCCGAUGGUCUGACGGCAGCAUGUCUUUGCAUCUCGGCAAGGAAGUCUUUGAUGUCUACAAGACCACCAUACAGGGAGACCACAACCAUAUGUUUAUCAGACAGGGCACAGGGCUGCAGGGACAAACCGUCUUCAAGACAAAACUUACCUUCAGACCGCACUCAACGGACAGUGCAACUCACAGGAAGAUGACACUAUCUCUGGCCGACCGUUGCUCCAAGACCCAGAAGAUCAGAGUGCUACCCAUGGCUGGGAAAGACCCUGAAACACAGAGAGCUGAAAAACUGAAGCAAGAGGAAGACCGACUGCGUUCUCAGAUACGCAGAGAGAGCGCCCAGCGUCGCGUACGUGAAAGGGCCCACAAUCGCGGACUGAGUGCAUCCUACCUGGAGCCAGACCGAGAAGACGAGUUUGAUGAUGACGACGAAGGAACCAUAAGCUUGUCGGCCAUCAAGAAGGGCGUGAAAAGCUCCAUCGGAAGACCUGACAGACAUCACAUCUACUCGUCAGAUGAAGAUGAGUCCGAUAAGGAAGACAAACUUCUCAAGGCAAAGACCUUGAAUCUGGACAGUGAUGAGUCUGAUGAGGAGGAGCCUAGUCGAAAGCGCAAAUCGGAGGAGGAUGAGGGCUCCCGCAAGAAGAAGCGAGCCGUGGUUGUCGAGGACGAUGACGAAGAUGAUGAUGACGAUGCCGUCGACUGAUUGGACGGCCACGUCAACCCUUCUCAACAAAUCAAGAAAUAGUCAUUUUUAAUAAUCUGCUCAAAUCUUGGGCCAGUUUUAUGGAAUGCUGAAGACAGUGUUUUAAAUGCAAGCUCAGAACAAGUGUUGCUUGGAGAAAAGAGUACCAGCCAAAAUGUCAUGUAUAUUGCUUGUAACUGGUACCUCGCAUAUUAAAUGGCAAAGUGUUAUUCUCUGCAAAGCAGUUCCAUCGAUUUGGACCUUGAUGGAACAAUUUUAGUUUUUGUACUGGGUAAUGUGACAUGGGAUGGAUUGGUACUGUUGAAACAAGGUGUGCAGGAAAACAGCAUUUGUUAUUUGAGAACAUGUGAGUUAAUGAUGUAGUGUGGUUGUAGGCACACAAGAAGGGUUAAUACGCUGACAUGUCUUGGUCGUGUUAAAUCAUCAAAAUUUGCAUGUUCACUUUUGUAGGAGAUGUAUUAAAGCUUUGCAGUUCUGGUCCAGUCAUAUUCUGAUUGCUGGCUACCUAAUGUCAUAUUAAUGGGCUGCCACCGGUAGACAUAGCAAGAACUUCAACAGCUGAGUUGCCCUGCCAUCUGCAAAUGUGCAACCACAGACAUCAGUCUCAUUAUCGUAGGCCAAUUAGAGUUGCCUGCAACAACCUUCAAGUACUGAUGUCCGUUCAAAAUUCGCAGCCCAAUUUCACAGCCGCCUGGCCAGUUUCCUUGAAGCAGGAAACAGCAGAGUACCAGUCCAAGGCAUGUUCUCUGUGUGAUGACACUUAUGCAGGUAUUUCCUAAUCAUUUCUUGGCAGGGAUUUUCUCGGCAAAGAAAAUCUUGAACUUGGCUCAUUGCCAAUCCAGUUUCAUUGGGUACUAUUUUUCAUAAAACUAAUUUUCUAGCAAGGACAUCUUCUAAGGCAUAAAAAUGAGAUUGUAUAUCUAUUGUCGCUGUAUUAAGGUCACGUCCAAUACGUUUUGUCCAUAGUAGUCAAGUUUAAUUUCCGUUAAAGCUGAACAUUGCAACACUCUGUGUAUCAACUGAAGCACAUGCAUGAAGUGCUCCUUUGCCUUUUUGAGCCAAAAAAUUGAAUAAAGAGAUUCAGUGUUUUUUAUGUGGAAUGUGGCCUUUAUGGUUGGCGUUGAGCUGUUCCGUUAAUCCCAUAUUUCUGAGGUUCUUUCAAGAUGCACUUGGGGUUUUCGAGAAUUUGCAGGAUUGCGGAAGACAGAGCAUGGCGGCUGUCAGUAUGCACCAUGCUUAUUAAAUACUCAAUUUAAAAUCAA